GGUUAGACAGUGUUCGCGAGAGGUUGUGACCGCGUUGUUCUCCGGGGCAAGUGAGUGGACUGUUCGUUGUGCCUCGAGGUGUCUCUUCCAGGAGCUUUGAUGGAAUGACAUAUCUACCUCCAGCGUUUUAGCACAAAAUGAUUUAUCUUUGGUUAGGGAUACUUUCCUCCUGGCUAUGGAAAACAGGCGGUGCCCAGUUUAUAACAGAGAUUCCCAUAGCGGACGUUCCCGUACCAGAGAAGGGCCUGUUCCCACACGUCAUCAACUUGGCUACACGUGCCCGCAUCUCUGCUAAUGCCACAUGCGGACAGAAUGGCCCCGAGAUGACGUGCAAGUUAACGGAGCACUCGGGAAACCGUCCUCCCCAGUGCCUUAUCUGCGACGCCAGAUCCCCCGACCCAUCCCGACGGCAUCCGGUCACAAAUGCCAUCGAUGGCACCGAUUCCUACUGGCAGUCGCCUUCGCUCGCGGCCGGAAGGCGGUACGAGUGGGUCACGCUGACUCUGGACCUCAAGGAAGUGUACCAGGUUGCGUACGUUAUUGUGAAAAGUGCGGUGUCUCCGCGUCCAGGCAACUGGAUUUUGGAAAGAUCCGUCGAAGGGCGCAACUUCCAGCCUUGGCAAUACUACGCGAUAUCUGAUUCGGAAUGCCAGAACUUUUACGAAGUGCCUCCCACUCGAGGGAGACCAAGCUACACCUCCGACAGUCAAGUUAUUUGCACGUCUUACUUCUCGAGACUCAACCCACUCGAAGAUGGGGAGAUUCACACCUCAUUGCUGAAUGGCCGCCCCGGAUCAGCGGGACCUUCGGAGGAACUGCUUGAAUUCACGAAAGCUCGCUACGUCCGUCUGAGGUUUCAGAAGAUAAGGACACUGCAUGGGGACCUGCAGGACUCCUCUCAGGAAACAGAUGGUUCUGUUACACAACGUUAUUUCUAUUCAGUUAAGGACAUUAGCAUUGGAGGAAGAUGCGUGUGUAACGGCCAUGCUGACAACUGCGACACAGACGACCCGGCUAAGCUGGCGCGGUGCUCGUGCGUGCACAACACGUGUGGGAACAGCUGCGACUACUGCUGCCCUUUGUACAACCAGCAGCCCUGGAGGGCAGGGAACUUCAGUGACGGCGGCGUGUGCGAGAAGUGUCAGUGCUACGGUCACGCCGAUUCCUGCGAAUACGACGAAGAGGUCGCCGAGAAGAAGCUCUCUCUGAAUAUCAGAGGCGAAUACGAUGGUGGUGGCGUCUGCCAAAACUGUCGCCACAACACUGCUGGAGUAAACUGCGAGAAAUGCAGGGAAGGCUUCUACAGGCCUCGGGGCAUAGCUCGCACAGCUAGUCAACCAUGCCUUCCCUGCCAAUGUUCAGGGCCUGGUACUGGAGGACUUUGCGUCCCAGAUGAUUCUCAAUUUAAUCUUGGAGUGUUUCCUGGUGCAUGCAUCUGCAAGGAAGGUUUCGCGGGCCCUCGAUGUGACAAAUGUGCCAAAGGAUUCAGAUCGUUCCCGCGCUGCGACCCAUGCCCCUGUCACCGCGCAGGUUCGGUCAAUGACGAGUGUGAAGGAGACUGCGUGUGCAAGGAAAAUGUGGUCGGCAAUCAGUGUGACACCUGUGCCCCAGGACAUUUCCACUUGGAUAUACGAAACCCCAAAGGUUGCACAAAAUGCUUCUGUAAUGGUGCUACGGGCUCUUGUGACGCAGCCAAACUAGCUGUAUACACUGUGGUGGAACGCAGUGAGUGGCGUGUAACUGAUUUGCUUGGAAGAAAGGUAGUUGCAGCAUUACACGAAGGAACAGAUGUUUCAAUCGCACAUGAUGAAAUGUCUGCCUUUUCGGCUUACUACUGGUUGGCACCAGACGGUUACUUAGGAAAAAGGAUAACUUCAUAUGGUCAAACUCUUACUGUGAAGGUGUCCUGGGUUAGACUUCGAGGAGAUACCUCUGGCAGUCCAACCCGUUGUCCUGACGUUAUAAUAGAGGGCGCAGGCUAUCGUAUAGCAUAUGGUGACAAUACGCACAGAGGAAGGAAGUCUGCACAUUUAGAAAUCCCAUUUUAUGAGCAUGAUUGGUUCCAUUUUCCAAAGGAUUUAGCAGACAUCGCUGAAUCAACGAAGUCAAGACAAUAUAAAGGAAAGGCGGUCACAAGACAAGAAAUGAUGCAAAUUCUCAGCUCUAUGGAAACGUUAAUGAUAAGAGCCAGAUAUCAUUCUGUCCAAAUUGAGGGAAUCCUUCAUAAUGUGGCUUUAGAGUAUGGUGGUGAGGGUACAGCAACACUAGUCACAGGAGCAGUCGAAAGGUGUAACUGCCCACCAGGUUAUACUGGUUUGUCUUGUGAGUUAUGCGAGCCUGGUUAUCGGCGAGUGAACAAUACGAUCUUUGGAGGAACCUGCGAACGAUGUGACUGCAAUGGUCACGCCGAAUCUUGUGAUCCUUUCACAGGGGCCUGUGGUGAAUGUCUACAUAAUACAGUUGGUGAAAAUUGUGAACGUUGUGCAACUGGAUACUUUGGCAAUCCUUCUCUUGGAACUCCAGAUGCUUGUCAGUUAUGUGAAUGCCCCCUUCCUUUGGGGCAAAAUUAUUUCACUCCAAGAUGUCUUCAUGACCUGGAUCUUGGAGGAUACAAAUGCCAGUGUCCUACAGGCUACAGCGGGCCCAAAUGUGAAAGAUGUGCUGAUGGGUACUUUGGAAACCCCCUUGUUCCGGGCAACUAUUGUCAACCUUGUGAGUGCAAUGGCAAUGUGGACUUCAGGGAGAGAGAUGUGUGUGAUCGAUCGACUGGGCAGUGCCUCAAGUGUAUAGGCAAUACAGCAGGAUGGAAUUGUGAAAAGUGUAAAGAAAAUUAUUACAGACAAACGCCAAGAGGUCAAUGUUUCCAAUGUAAGUGCCAUCCAAGAGGGUCCCUCAGUGAACAAUGUGAUCCCGAAAGUGGACAGUGCCAGUGCAGAGAACUUUUCACCGGGCGCCAGUGUGACAGGUGUAUUAGAGGUCAUGGGGGUGUUGAACAAGGUUGCCCUAGAUGUCAGUGCAAUCCACAAGGGUCAGCUAAUUUGAUUUGUGAUCAGUUUACUGGACAGUGCCCUUGCAAGCCAGGCGUUACGGGUGAAAAAUGUGACCGCUGCCUUCCUAACCAUUAUGGGAAUUUAGUCACGGGCUGCUUUAGUUGUGACUGUGACGAGAAGGGCUCCACCAGCCCGUCUUGUGACAUCAUCAGCGGCCAGUGCGCUUGCAAGAACAAUGUUGUGGGCAGAACAUGCAGCGCUUGCAAGCCUGGUUUCUGGGGUCACGUGAGAGGUACUGGAUGCACCCAGUGCGACUGCCACCAGGUCGGUAGCAUAAGUCAUCAAUGCGACGAUGCCACAGGGCAAUGUCGGUGUCGACCUGGCGUGGGAGGACCGCGGUGUGACACUUGCCUACCUGGGUACUGGGGAUUCUCGCGACAGGGAUGCAAACCUUGUGAGCCCUGCAGCGGCCCAGGUCGUUUCUGUGACCCAUCCUCUGGGCGAUGUAUUUGCCCAGAGAACACCGAGGGAGAUCGAUGUGAGAGGUGCUCUCCUGGAUCUUGGGAUUACGAUGCGUCCAGAGGUUGCAAGCCCUGCAACUGCUCUGGAGCUGGUGCCAUCACCCGCCAGUGCGAUUCCCGAACUGGUACGUGCGUUUGUAAGGAAGGCUAUGAAGGAGAGCACUGUGGCAAGUGCAAAUUUGGCUUUUAUGGUUUCCCUCUCUGCACCCCAUGUAACUGCAACAUGGCUGGUACUAACCCCCAUAACUGUGAUAGCAAAGGCCGAUGCCAGUGUGAUCGAAGUGGACAGUGCCCCUGCAAAGCCAAUGUCGAGGGUCUUAGAUGUGGUAAGUGUGAGGGUGGGACAUUUGGGCUGUCGAUAGAUAAUCCCUCAGGUUGCACAAGCUGCUACUGCUUCACGCGAACGAACAAGUGCACACAGGCUGAUCUCACUUGGUCUCAGCUGAUGAUGAUGAGUCACCGGAUCUUAACCAUCGAGUAUCGACCGCCAGGACACAGAGUAGCAUCCUAUCGCCCAACUGUAACAGUAUUCCGUCCAUGGAACACGCAGGAGAUAUGUUACAUUAAUUUGGCUUUGCCUGGUCAGAGAGUCCUGAGUUUUGGGGAAGAUGAAACAAAACUUAACAUUACCAAUCAGUUGCAUGUAAUUCCUGGUACAGAAGGGGAUGUUACCAUUGGAUCCUCCUAUCCCUUCGAUGCACCUCUGUAUUGGCAGCUCCCAAGGGAGUUCAUGAGAGAUAAGGUUCUUUCCUACAAUGGUUACCUUAGAUUCAGAGUGGGAAGUGAAGGAGGUAAGAGCAAGUUUCCAAAUCAGAUUCUUGAAAGCUACCCGUUAGUAUCACUUCAGGGUAACUGGCAACUGGUUCUUGAGUAUUACCCCCCUGCUAUAGUUCCUGAUGGUCGAUAUGAGGUCAAAUUACAUGAGGAUUACUGGAGGUUAAAGAAUAAGCCACAGGUUGUUACACGGGAAAAGAUGAUGAUUGCUCUGCAAAAUAUUCAGCACAUUUUGAUAAGAGCAACAGAUGCUUCUGAUACCACCUCUGCUUUGCUUCAAGAAGUGUCAAUGGAUAUUGCUGCUGAGGGUUCACCUGUAUCAUCCCGUGUAGCUUUGGGUAUUGAAAGGUGUAUUUGUCCUCCAAAUUACAGUGGCACAUCUUGCCAAGAUCCAAGUAGAGGAUUUUUCCGUUGGCACAGUAAAAAGUAUCCUCACUCAGAAAUUAUAAUAGACCUGGUUGGAGAGUCACGACCAUGUAACUGCAAUGGACGUUCAGAAACUUGCAAUCGAGAAACAGGAGUGUGCCAGAACUGUAGAGAAAAUACAAUGGGUCCUCACUGUGAGGUUUGUGCUACUGGAUUCUAUGGUGACCCUUCAGUAGAAAGAUGCAAGGCAUGUGCCUGCCCAUCACUACAGCAAAACUUUGCAGAGACUUGCCAAGCUGAUCGCGUUUCUGAGUAUAUUUGUCAAUGUCGAGAAGGGUAUACUGGCGACAAAUGUGACAGGUGUGCCCAUGGUUAUUAUGGUCAACCUGCCCAGCCUGGAGGAUCAUGCCAACCUUGUGAAUGUGAUCCAUUUGGUAGCUUAUCAGAGGCUUGCGACAGAAAUGGUCAGUGUAGAUGUAAGCCAGGGAUUACUGGAAGAGAUUGUUCCCAGUGUGCUCCACGCCAUCUUACAUCACCAACUGGAUGCAUAUCUUGUGUUGAUGGAUGUGUUGAUGUCCUCCUUGACGAAGUUGAAGCAAUGAUUGAUGCUGUAACAUCACUAGAUGUUACAGGUUAUAUUCCAGCUCCUUGGCCUUCUGUUACAGAGAUUCAAAACUUUACCGAGAUUUUACGAUCACAACUUACACGUUAUCACAGUCGAGUGGAUGAAUCACAAGACUUGGUUGUUAAUUUUGAUCUGCAGUAUACUGCUAGCACUCUUCUUUCUAAGGCUCAGCAAUUAGAAGAGGCAGCCAGUGAAAAUAUAAAGCCUUCUUUGAAACUCAAGGUUGAUGCACAGUCUGUUUUGGAUCUUCUUGAAAGUGCUUAUUCUCAAUUAGAAGAAACCAUUGCAUAUUUGAAGAAUUAUGCAAUUGGCGAAACUCCAAGCAUAUCUGUUGGCGGAGCUUUGAUGGUAGCUGAAGCAAUUUUAAAAGAAAUAAAAAAUCGGGACUUUACUGAUUAUGGCAAUGAUGCUGAAGUCCAACUAAGAAAAGCAAAGCUGCUACUGGAAAGAAUAAGGAAAAUGAGGCAAAGCAAUUCAGCCAUUGAAGAAAUUAAGGAUCGUUUAACAGAAUUAAAGAAUAAAAUCAAGGAGAUCUUAGAAAGGAUUAGAGUUUCAAAUAAAAAAGCCAAUGAGGCAAAAGUGCUGAAUGAGAACAAUAAUAAGAGACUAUCCAGAGUUAAACAAUAUUCAGAGGAUAUUAGAAAUAUGAGACUGAUGAUAGACGACCAGAACUUCAACUCAACCCAGUUACUCAAAGAAGCAGAUAAGAACUUAAUCAACACAAGACUUAAUUAUAAUAAUCUUGAAGGCUUGUUGGCAGAUUUGAGAAAUGGAUCCAACCAUUUAAAGGAAUAUGAAGGAUUACUCUGGCGUCUUAACAUUGAAUAUAAAGAUAAAUAUGUUAAGAGAGCCCAUGACCAUGCAAUGGAACUCAUGCGAGAGUCAAUCAGAUUAGAAAGCCUGUUCAAUGAAACCAGAGAUGUCGCUGAUGGACCCCUUCGUGCAGCUCAAGCUUACCAAAGAAUUGUUGAUGCCUUACAAAGUGCAGAAGAAGCAGCAAAAAAUGCUUCCCUUGCUGCAGAAACUGCGUAUAAAGUGGCUUACCCUGGUGAUCCAGAAGAGUCUCUAGUCCGUAGGGCAUCACUUUCUAGCCGUAAAUCAGAAGAGUUACAUUUAAAAGGAGAUGCCUUAAAAUCAAGUGUGGGUCAACAUUUUCUUGAACUGGAAAACCAGCAAAAGGCAAUUAACAGAGCAAGAGGGGAUAUUGGUAUUGGAGAAAAGCGUCUGAAUUCUUUGCAAAGUGUCAUGGAUCUGCAGUUCUCAUUAAACAUAUCAUCUGAAAUCAAGAACUCUUUGGACAGUUUAGCUGAAACUCAUGAGAAUAUUCAAAGCACGUUAGAUAAAAUCUCAGCUAUUCAUGGGAAUCUCACUAUUACUAAGGAGCGAGCACUGGAGUUGAGUCGAAUUGAUGCUUCGCUUUUAAAUGAGAUUAGAGACAAAAUCAAUACAGCUGAAGGCCACACUGUUAAAGGUGUUCGACUGGGUAACAACCUCCAGAAAACAGUGUAUAGAAUUGAAGGUCGAAGUAAUGAUUUAAAGGAAAGAAUAGAGGCUCUUAAGCGGAAAAUUAAACAGACACGGCAGUAUGCCUCCUCGAUACGGGUAUCCUUGACUACUGACUCUUCUGGUGUAUGUACAAGAAAGUAUCGACCAGCUCUGAAUCCUUCAACAACAACAAAAAUCUAUUUAAGUUAUGCAAUUAGUAGCUCUGAUAAAGAUGCCUUACUGCUAUAUCUUGGUUCUCAUAACACAAGUGACUUCAUGGCUGUUGAAAUGGUGAAUAGAAGAAUUCAUUUCACAUGGGAUAAUGGAGGUGGAGCAAAGCGAUUGAUUCACCCACUGAAACUUUUAACAAAUACUCCAACAGUUUCUGAUGAUACAAGAUGGUAUCACAUCACUAUAAAUCGUGUUGGAAACAUUGGCCAGAUGCUGGUUCAACCAGCUAAUCAAGCGAAUAACUUUAAAAUAGAGUCAGCUCCUGUGGAUGAUGCUUCCCCAGCUGGAUUUAGUAAAAUGGACUUACUGCCUUCAGAUGUUCUUUGGAUUGGAGGUGCACCAUCAAAAGCAGAGAGCACACUAAGAGCAAAGAAGUUUGCUGGUUGCCUACAUACAGUAUCCAUAGAUGGUGAGAAUAUUGGGCUUUGGAAUUUCACUGAAUCAGAAGGAUGUGGAGCAUGCAAUGAAGGGGAAGAAUUAGUUCUACAGCAAGGGGAUGAAAUAGCAGUUAGCUUCAAUGGCAAAGGAUACUUUAAAGGUACAAAUAGGCUUAGAAGACCAAAAGCAUAUUAUUCUACCGUUCUUGCUUUCAAAACACUUGAUGAAGAUGCUCUCCUGUUUCUGGCAGUUAAUGAGGACAAGAAUCAGUACUUCAGUAUUGCUAUGGAUAAUGGCCAUGUUGUCUUCACUGUCCAGUUUGAUCAUCAAACUCGUCUUGUAAUGAAGUCAAGUAAAAGGCUAAAUAAUAAUCGAGAUAUGAUUCAGAUUCAGGCAGUUGUUCAAAAUAAAAUGAAAGGUGGUGCUCGAAGUGGCAGAUUAGUUGUUGGAGAUCAAGACCAAUUGGGAACUGUGAGAGGGGGACCUGAUUUAGAUUUGUCUGAUGUACCCUAUUACUUUGGUGGAGUGGACCCAGAAUUUGAUAAAAACAAAUGGGGCUCACAGUUGAUGCUGCGCUCACUUCUUGGUUGCAUGGGGGGCCUGAGCGUAUUAGAUGAAGGGAAGAAUCCCCUCACUGAUGGCCAGUACUAUGGCAUUGAACAGGCUUGUGCAGAUAAGCCACUGAAUGAUGUAGGUUUCCUGGGACAAGGCUUUGUUGAGCUUCCAUCUCGUGUACUUAAACGUGAAUCCAACUUUGGAUUCACUUUUCAGACCAUGGAAGCAGAUGCACUAUUAAUGUUGUCUACAUUUAUUGGUCAGGACAAUGAAACAGAAGGAGAUUUGACUACUGCAACUACCACCACAACAACAUCCAGUCCCCUGCAGCCUGGAGAAGAACAUCCACCCGACUUUUACUCUGUAUCAUUAGUUGAAGGUCAUCUGGAUAUACGACUGAAUGGAGGAUCUAGUAUAUCACGACUAAUGUCUGCUGAAAAAUUUAAUGAUGGCAAUCUCCAUUCAUUCUUUGUUAUUAAAGAAAAUAGGAGGGUCACUCUUAAGGUUGAUGACAGAGAGGUAAAUGGGACAAGAUUAGACCCAGGUAGCCAUGUUGUGUCCGGACCAACUACUGGAGGGCUAUACUUUGGUGGUAUUCCUCCUGGCCUUCCUGUUACAACAAUGGUGGGCUCUACAAGUUCUCUGAAGGGUUGUAUCAGAGAUGUAAUAGUCAAUAAUCGAGUAGUGUCAUUUUCUCAACCAGUACAGUUUAAAGAUGUAUAUAUUGGACGUUGUGCUGAUUUACCACCCACUGCAAUGCAAGGAAUGGAAGGAGAUAUGAAGGAAAUUGAUUCAUGCCUGCCUCCUACUCAGCAUACUGUAGAAUAUAAAGCAUUGAAAUUUGGGGAUCAGUUGGACUCGCAUGUCAUGGUACCUUUAGAUCGUUCAACAUUCAAGAAAGACUUCAAUAUUUCCUUUGAAUUUCGUACUUAUUACCCUAAUGGACUCUUCUUUAUUGCAUCUCACACUGGUAAAAAGAAGUCACAGACAAUAUUAUCUCAACUGAGAAAUGGACGUGUGAUUGUAUCAAUGAAAAGACGAAAAAAGGAUAGUGAAAUAAUUUCUAAUGCUGGCCUAAAUACAGGACAGUGGAGGAAGGUAAUGAUAGAAAAGGUGAAAAAACGAUUAAGAUUAACUGUAGAUACUCAACUCAUAAAAAAAGUGAAAGCUCCAAAGAAGAUGAAUGUUGGAAGGAAGCUGUUCUUGGGAAGUCUUCCAUCCAAUGUCCCAAAACCAAAGGACCUAAUGGAAAUAGAUGCACUUCGUGGGUGCAUGAGAAAUUUGAAUAUUAACGGAGAGGAAUAUGAAAUUCCCAAUAGCAGAAGACAAGACCUUAUAGUUGGUGUUGGCCAAUGCUUUGCUAGUGUCCAACCAGGAUCAUACUUUCCAGGAGAUGCAUUUGCAAUCUAUAGUAAUAACUUCAAUGUUGGUCCUUUAUUAGAAUUGCGACUUGAAUUUCGUACUUGGGAAUUGAAUGGAGUAAUUCUUAGUGUAGCAGAUCCUCGUGGAACUUCUUUGUCUCUAGAGUUGGUGAAUGGGGCUGUUGUGCUUAGUGUAAAUAUGGGUCAAAGUCACUCAUUUAGUGCGCGAGUUAGUCUAAGGAAUAAAUUCAGGUUGUGUGACAAUAUGUGGCACACAAUUAAGGCUAAUUACCUAAAAGAUUCUGUGACACUACGGAUUGAUGGAUAUCGAGAGGCUUAUGGAUUUAAUGGAUCAGAGGAUGAUCGGGGAACUGUCACAGAUGCGCCAUUGUAUAUUGGUGGUUUACCUGAUACAGCGCUUCAAGGAACACUGUCAUCACGUGAAAACUUCAAAGGUUGCAUUCGUAAUAUUGUUCUCAAUAGUGAAAGACGUGAUUGGACUGAUAUGUAUCGUAUGCAAAAUGUUCUUCUUAAUGCUUGCCCUGUACAGUAAUAUGCUGUUACUGUUGUUUAUAAUUUUCUUCAAAUUGGUGUAUUUAAUACCUUACAAAAAGAUGUGUAUAUUUUGAAGUAAAUUGUAUGUAAAUCAUGUCAAAUAGCCAUGAGUUCUAGUGAGAAUUUUAGACAUUUACCAAAUGUCUUUGUUUUUAAAUAUAUAUAAUAUAAAAGAAAAAAAUCUUUGUUUUUAAAAACAUAUAUGGUAUAAAAGAAAAAAUCUCAGAUCUCUCAGUCCAUUGUUAUUUACUAAUAAAUUGCUUUGAUGUUCAGGCAUUGAUUAAUAUGCUAAACAUUAAUGUUUUUAAAUCACUUCUUUUAUGCUUGUACAGUGUACAGUUAGAUUUGCAGUGAGAAUUACGUUUGUGUGUAUGUUGUAAUUAAAAAUGAAUGGUUUGGUUGAAACUGUAUGUAAGGCAUGUCUGUAAAUUUUUACAAUUUCUUUUAUAGAUUUUACGUUUUAUGUUUGUCUGACCAUAAGAUUUUCUUAGCAGUACUUCCUUGUCAAUAAAUUUGUGUGCCAUCCACAGUGGUACAAAGCCAUUGAUCUUUAUUAAUUUUAGAAAUAUAAAAUAUUUUCAUAUUCA